AUGGCCGCCUGCGACCUGAUGAACACGGACCCGAGCCUCCUGGCCUUCGCCAUGGCGCACCGCGUCAAGGCCAUCAAGGCCAUCAAGAAGUCCCUCGCCGAGCUGCCCCGACAGAAGGGCACGACCUCGGAGCACGCCAACGCGCUGAUCGCGACGUGCUUCGCGCUGACGUUCCAGUCCGUGACGUUCGAGGACGGCAUGCCAGAGUACAUGACCUUCAUCCGCGGCAUCCUCAUCAUCGGCACGCAGAUGUGGAUCAAGGGCAUCAAGCCCAUCUUUGUAAACAUCAUCGGCGACGAUUCGCGCACCGUGUUGGAGCCCAAGAUGGCGGACCUGCCGCUUAUUCAGAAGGAGUGGGCGGACGGCGCGGUCGAGGCGAUUGCUGGGCUGAGGGGGCUCUGCCGGGACGUGGUGGAGAUUGAGUAUUUCGACAUCAUCAUGGAGAUGGCGACGAAACUGCACACGUCGUCGUGGGAAGCAUAUCAAACCUUGACAAAGCACUACGGCUGGUGGAUCCAGCUGCCGCACGAAAAGUUCCAGCGCGUCAUCGACAUGGGAAACCAGACAAUGAUCCUCCUGGCGAGCCACUGGAUCGCGCUGAAGCAGAUCAUGGCCUUCAUCACCAACGCCGAGCACGAGUGCCGCGAGAAGGCGCCGCCGCGGGAGAGCGCCAUCGAUUUGGGCAUCAUUCGCUGGCUGGGGUAUCUGAACAAGCUGGUCGACCACGAGCACCUCAUAUACAACCAGUGGCCGCUGUGGGUUGAGAAUCAGCUGGAUCAAGAUUUGGGAUUCUUUGGGAAGAGAUACUGA